AUGUCCUUCCCAGUAACCACCCUCUCCCUCCUCCGCACAGCGGUCGGCCUCUCCUCUCUCAUCCUCCCAGCUCAAACAUCCCGCCUUUUUUACAUACCUCCCUCGGAUUCGAGCAUUCUCGCUCGCCUCUUCGGUUCCCGCGAUCUCGUCCUCGGACUUUACCUCUAUCUUUCUCGAACCGACGACUCGAAGACCCGGCGCACAGCGCUGCUACUCGGCAUGACGGUGGAUGCUAUUGACGUAUUGAGUACAGUGGCGUGUGUGCUGCAGGGCGAGUUGGGGUGGGAGGCUGCAACGGCGGCGGGGGGGGGGGCGAUCGCGGCCAUUGGGCUUGGAUGGUGGGGGCUUAGUAAGUAG